AUGGCUUUCGGCUUCGACCCCGACUCCCAUGUGAUGUCCGAUGACUUCUCCUUUGACUCCCCGUUCACUCCGUCCAACUCAUCCAACGUCCCCGACGGUGUGCUCCAGGACUCGGUCUUUCCUGAGUGGAAGAAUGGUGCCUUGCGGGGCGAGAGCCCCGAUGAGAUGCAGCGCAAGGAUCCGCUGGCUGCGCAGAUCUGGAGACUUUACACCAGAACAAAGGCCCAGUUGCCCAACCAGGAGCGCAUGGAGAACCUAACCUGGCGCAUGAUGGCUAUGAGUUUGAAACGCAAGGAACGAGAGGAACAGGCUCGUGCUGCACGAUUGAGUCCGAACCCAAGUGGGUUCGCGCAGAUGCACCUCUCCGAUCAUGGUUCGUCCACUACAUCGAACCCGUCGAACACCAUGAACCUGGAUGCGACUCCCGACGCGAUGAACUUGGAUGACUUCAUCGUUCCCUUUGAUUCUCCUGCGGAUCACCAUUCCCACCCAUCCCCCGAGCGACACUUCACAGCAACUCCGACGGCCUCAAUCCCCAUCAAAAUGCGCAAGGACCACCCGACUUUUGACUCGGCCGCGGAUCAGCGCAAGAACAGCGAAUUUGGGUAUGUGCCGCGCCGGGUCCGCAAGACUAGCAUCGACGAGCGUCAAUUCUUUGCUGGCCUCGCCGUGCCAACUCGCAAGCGACCUGCCGAGGCGUCCCCCCAGGUUCCACCCGUGUCGAACGCCAUGUUGGCGCAGCAUUCCGAAAUUUCAGCGGCGCUGCCUGAUUACUCAUUGGACCAUCCGCCGACCGCCUAUGCGAUGUCAGGCAAUGGCACGCUGGGUGGCCCGCGCCGACACCAGCACCCCCACUCGGCUUCUGGUCUUCCGUUUAGCCUGGACACCUACGGAAUGGGCGACGAGUCUGCUAUUCACUCGGCCGGGCCCUACCAGCAGCAUUUUACCUUCUCACCCUCGGAUUCCCCUAUGACUACGGGCAACCCUUUCUCGGGCUUGUACGCUCAGACGCCUCUGGCCUCGUCGCUCAACUCCACCGAGUUUUUCUCGCCCCCGCCCUCGGGGUACCAGUCGGCUGUGUCGACACCACAGCCGAUUUACGAAGGGGAGCAGUCGAUGUUCUUCUCAGAUGCCCCGUCGGCCGAGUCCCAGACCCAGCGGCGUAUUCCAAACUACAUCCAGCAACGGUCGUCGAACUUGUCUGCAUCACUGCAGCCCCGCUAUAUGUUCAACACGAGCAAUGGUGAGUCUCAUUCGCCCAAUGCGGUUACGGGCCCGCCUUCCACGGCGCACUCGGCCGGAUUUUCGGUCCCACCGCCGCAGCACAUCGACCCGACGCAAGUACUUGGCCCGGGUGAGUUUUCUACAACGGCACCGGCCAGCAGCAUGUUCACGUUUGGGGGAGACUCGGAUAACGAGGACGACGAUGCCGCGUUUACUGAGCGCGGGGGUAUUGCGAUGCCAAAUGACUUUUCUUCGAUGGAUGAAUCAGGUGGUGACAUGCAUGCCGGCCUGCAGUGGGAGGGAGGAUUCCCCGGGUCAGUCCAGUCACUGCCAGGCUUCGGUGCUCAGCACCGGAAGCAUAUCACGAUUGGAUCGGCGGACAUGAUGGACGGCCCGCCAGAGUGGCAUCAUAACAACAGUUUGGGUCGUGGGCACGGCUCCGCUGCCUCGGUCAGUGAGGUACGCAACCGGGAGCAGGAUCCCCGUCAACAGAAAAUUGCUCGCAUCACGUCAACUCCCAACGCGACACAACUGCUCCGCCAGAGUCUGAACGGUCCCAGCAGCGGUCCCCCGACGAGCCACCCCUCUCCCAACACGCCGCCCGAGUCUGGUCUGAGCAGUGCCGUGCCGUCCCGGCCCGCCAGCCCUGGUGGGUCCAAGAACGGCGACCCGAAUGCGGGUCCCACUACGUGCACCAACUGCUUCACCCAGACCACUCCCCUGUGGCGACGCAACCCCGAGGGCCAACCGCUGUGCAACGCCUGCGGGCUUUUCUUAAAGCUUCACGGUGUUGUGCGGCCCUUGUCCCUCAAGACCGACGUCAUCAAAAAGCGCAACCGCAGCAGUGCCAACAGCCUGGCUGUCGGCAGUUCUCGAUCGUCCAAGAAGUCCUCCCGCAAGAACUCUGCCCCGCAGCCCCCCUCGGCCGCGUCCCUGGCGCGCGCCAGCGCCAACGCGUCCGAGUCUCCACCCGCGAUGUCUGGAUCGAGCCUGGUCGGGAAAUCAGGUGUGGUGCCGAUUGCCGCCGCUCCACCCAAGGCGGGCCCCGUGGCCGGGGUCAGUCACGCCCGUAGCGGGGUGCAGGUGGCCCCGAAGCGCCAGCGCCGAAUCGAAAAGGCGCCGAUCGGGUCCGAUCCGGACACCGACGACAGUCCCAAGGCGAGUGCACCAGCUGGCCGAUCCAAGGUGGUGCCUCUGGCACCCGCCAUGCCCCCGGCCGCUGCCAACCCGGCCAACCACAGUAUUGCUGGUGGACAAGGUGCGAGCCAGGAAUGGGAGUGGCUGACGAUGAGUCUGUAA